AUGUCUAUAGAUACUCAAACCAUCGCUUCCUACAUGUGGCAAGAAGCAGACCCUCGCUUUGCACCAUUGCCAGGAAGGAAUCGGCAAGCACAAUCAAACAUGAUGCAAUUGUGUUACUAAAACUAACAUUCCCGCAGGUCAGAUCAUGAAAUGGUAGAAAUCACCGUUGUAAAGAGCGGAUAUGAGAACGAAUUCAUUGUACACAAAGAGCUACUCACACGUUACCAACAAAAGCUUUUCGCCAAAAUAUUCGGCCCAGGUGAAAACCUCGAAUCAUUGAGACUUGUAGAGGAUCCCAAAGUAUUUGUAGGAUUAUUGCAAUUUGCAUAUCGCGGAAGAUUUUGGCUGCCAGAAACAGUUGGGGAUAUUGAUACCUUGUGGGAUAUUUAUCUUCUCGCGGAGAAGAAGGAGAUUCCGAACUUACAAGACGUGAUGAUGAAUCGUAUCACAUGUUUUUACUUUCAAACUAAGACGUUUCCUACGAUGGAAGUCAUUCGACAUGUAUACAAGCAUACUAAGAGAGAAUUUGGGACGCAGAAACAAUCUGUGGCACGACGUUUUCUCGCCCGCUGCUAUGUGUGUAUUUCCUUCAACUUUUUCUAUGGCGGCACGUGUGCAGAUACUUAUAAACGCAUCGAAGAUGCACGGAUAAAUAUUGAGGGGCUUCAUUUGGAUACUCUCCAGGCUAUUCACCAACCUGCUGGAACACAAUGGAAGAUGGAUCUGGAUCCUAGGGAUUCCAGGAGGGUCAGCCAAUGCGAUUAUCAUCAACAUGCUCGGAAUGAAAAGUGUCCUUUGCACAGAGAGACCCCUUUUAAUAACGAAGCGGAUAGAUGA